GCGAAAUUUGAAAGUUUCAUAAACUUUAUUAAUAGUACUAAUUAUUUAAAUUGUUUGUGACAAUUAGUGUUGUGGUUACUAUAGUUUUAGUCGUUGUUAUCGUAAAAUUUACGAUGUCAAGAUACUAUUGAUCUGGGAGAGUUUCCUCGCAGACAUUUGAAAUUCAAUACGUAUGAAGCGUAAAUUAUGCGCGAGGCCUUACAACUGUGACGACAUGGAGGAGCUGAAUGUGACAGCUCUAUCUCAAAGAAAAGAGUCGGUCGCGCCGCUCACCGGAGAAAGAAAUGGGAGCAUAUUUCGUCGAGGAUUUUCAUAUCCCUUAGCCAUCGUUUUAAGGCUUCGAGUACUACAGAUAGUAUGCGGUAUAUCAGCUAUGGUAAUGGGCAGCGUGGCCUUCAUAGAGGAGCGGCAGAAGUUCAACAUGGGCCUCGGCAUACCCGCCGGCUGCGUCAGUGUUCUAGCCGCGGCGGUAUCAAUUCACACGUCGCGUGGUUGGAGCGCGCUGUCGGGGAGUGCUGCGGGCGCGGCACUGGGUGCGGGCGCGGCCGCAGUGCUGUGGGCGGCAGCGGGUUGCCUGCUGCUCGCGCUCAUCGUGCAGUGCUGCAGGACUAUCAUUGAUCCAACCGGCACUGAUUACAACAGCGUAUCUUCAGACGAUGAAGCAAGACCUCCAUCACGAGAUUUGAUCGUGAUAGCGUCGGUACAAAUCGCUUUAGCGUUGGUAACCCUCGUCAGCGCUGCGGUGUGUGCGCGUAUUGACAUAGGCGCAUGACGCGAGCCUCCGCUCACUCGACGUCGCGUGAGCGAAGCUCCAACCGCUACAGCGCCCGCUCCACUCGUCAGUGCGUCCCCACCUAACGAAGAAAGGGAGAGAAGUGGACGCGUAGCGUGGCUCAUAUAGACUAUACGUGUUGGGCUAACAAUGCUAUUGUAAGUCAGACUCACGUUCUAUCUCACAAGGGACUUAGUUUUUGAAACUAAGAUAUA